GUGCCACGCAGCCUUCCUCAGCGCCACGCCGGCCCAGCUGUUCUCGCCGUAUGUCGGCGACUCGGAGCGCGCCGUCAGCGAGCUUUUCGCGCGCGCCAGGAUGACGGCGCCGGCCGUCAUCUUCCUCGACGAGCUCGACGCCAUCGUAGGCACGCGGAGCAAGAGCGGCCAGUCGGGCGUGCAGGCCAAGCUGCUGUCGGCGCUGCUGAACGAGAUGGACGGCAUCGGCAUCCGGCAGGACCAGGCGGCGGUGGACAGGGCCGUGUUUGUGGUGGGCGCCACCAACCGGCGGGACCUGAUCGACGAGGCCCUGCUGCGGCCCGGCCGGCUGGACCAGCACAUACGCGUGCCACUGCCAGACCUGCAGGCGAGGCAGGAGAUACUGCAGCUGUACCUGUCCAGGAUGCCGACGGCCGGGGACGUGCUCUCCAGUGGAGAUGUGCGCCGGCGUCUGACGUUCGCCACUUCAGCCAUCAGCUGGUGA